AUGAAGUCAAUUAAUAUUGUAUCAUUAUUUCUUGUUAUUUGUGUUUUCUGUACUGAAGGUUUACUUUUACCUAAAAAAGAUGGUACAUCUGCACAGGCUAAAGCACCUAAGAAAGAAAAAUGUAUGAUUGUUAAAGGUAAAGGAAAAAAUCUUGUCGGUGAUAUUAUUCAUAUACACAAAGAUUUUGCUCCAACAUUAAAAACUAUCGAUAAUAUUGCUAAACAAUGCAAUAUUAAAUUAGCUAUUAAAGGUUCCUAUGAAUCAGUAGUAGAUCCAUCAAAAACAUUAAAAUUUACUGCAGCUAAUGCUGGUAGACAACUUAAAUUUAUUAUUAUGGAUAAAACUGGAAAAAAAUUAGUUUGUAAUCAAAUUUGUCUUGCUAAAGAAGGUGAACAAGUUCCGGAAGUCAAAUGUCUUGUUAUUGGUUUACGUAAACAAAAUUUAAUUUAUGCACCUGGUGGUGCUGCAGGUAUUGUUAAUGAUGGAUCUGAUGCAAAAGUUGGUUUUACCGAUACUGCUCGAAGUAUUCAAGUAGCAUGUAAAGGUGUCAAACUUUAA